UUUAAAUGGCGCUGGCGGGCGCUGCCGGCUCACUCCGGCUCUGGGCUGGCGGAUGUGAGCCGGGGCUUAGGCGUCUGCGUCUAUCGCCUGACUCCGCCGCCUGGGCUGGCCGGCCCCGCUCUCCCGUGUGCGCCCGGCGGCGGCGGCGGCUCGGCAGCUCCGCGCUGCCCGGGGAGGCUCCGGCCCCGGCCGCGUGCAGCUGGGGCUCCGGGGGCAGGGCAGGGCGCGCGGGCGGCAUGGAGGAGACGGAGGCGCGGUGCCGGGUGCUCUCCAUCCAGAGCCAUGUCGUGCGCGGCUACGUGGGCAACAAGGCGGCGAGCUUCCCGCUGCAGGUUCUGGGAUUUGAAGUUGAUCCUGUGAAUUCUGUCCAGUUUUCAAACCACACAGGUUAUGCUCACUGGAAGGGCCAGGUGUUAAAUUCAGAUGAACUCCAUGAACUGUAUGAAGGGCUUAAACUGAACAAUGUCAACCACUAUGACUACGUACUCACAGGUUACACGAGGGACGCAUCAUUCCUUGCAAUGGUGGUUGAUAUCGUUCAGGAGUUGAAGCAACAGAACUCUAAUCUAGUGUAUGUGUGUGAUCCAGUGAUGGGUGACAAAUGGAAUGGAGAAGGCUCUAUGUAUGUGCCAAAGGAUCUUCUCCCAGUCUACAGGGACAAAGUUGUACCCAUUGCAGAUAUAAUAACUCCUAAUCAGUUUGAGGCUGAGUUGCUCACUGGCAGAAAGAUUCACACAGAAAAAGAAGCUUUAGAGGUAAUGGAUAUGCUUCAUGCUAUGGGACCAGAGACAGUGGUGAUCACAAGCUCAGACCUACAGGGUUCUCUAGGAAGUGACUUCCUAAUUGCGCUAGGGAGCCAAAGGAAAACUAGAGCAGAUGGCACCAAGGUGACCCAGAGAAUUCGAAUGGAGUCUCCUAAAGUGGAUGCUGAUUUCGUUGGAACUGGAGACUUGUUUGCUGCGAUGCUCUUGGCCUGGACACACAAACAUCCAAAUAAUCUUAAGGUGGCGUGUGAAAAGACGGUAUCAGCUAUGCAGCAUGUUCUGCAAAGGACCAUCAAGUGGGCAAAGGCACACGUUGGAAAAGGAAACAAACCUAGCCCAGCCCAGCUGGAAUUGAGAAUGGUCCAAAGCAAAAAGGACAUAGAAAACCCAGAGAUAAUAAUAAAAGCUACUGAGUUAUAAAGGCUGUAUGUCUCCCAAUAACGCACAAUGUAUUGAUGUCCUCUUUUUCUUUCCUGUAAAUUGUAAUGUUUGCCUUAGAUCUGUGACAGAAACCUGACUUCCAUGAAAUAGUACCCUGUAUAGGCAGAUAUCCACAAUCAGACAUAUGUGCUGGCCCUGCUUUGUUUAAGAAAAAAAAAAAAGGGAGUAGUAAAACUUUCUCGCUGGUAUCAAAAUGGCUGUCACAUUCACUCAGUCUGUGUACCACAGGCAAGAGAAUACACGGGUUCCUGCCUCGCCAAAGACUUUGGGUAUGAAUUUGCUAGUGGAAUGACUGACUGACUGGCGUAUAUAUUGUAGCAAAGCAUCUAGUGCCAAUUUCACUAGCUACCUACUCCCUUAACUGAAGGCAAUUUGGGAGCUUAUUGUGGUAUUCACUAUCUCGACUGCCAUGAAACUCAGUAGGGUUGAAAUUGCACACAACUUCAGGCUGCAUAUAGGGAGCAGUUUGGAGAUAUUUAGCAUUAGGUGCUCUGCAGAGGUCUUGAAGUAUCAUUUCAUGUUGUUAAUAACUUUUCCUGUUUCUGGCCUAUGAAUGAAUAUGUGAUUCCAAUUUCUAUAGGUGCUAAUCCCUUUAUUUCCUGUGACCACAAGUAUCCACAUCACUUUGUCCCCGUGUUCCACUCCAGAAAAGACCAAUGUUACUAGUCUAAUUAGCCAGUCAGUAGUACCAAGUAGAAAUUUAUAAUUCUACCUCUGGAACCAGAUUUAAUUCCUUUUUUUAUUAAGACUUCAAGACAAAGCUUCUUUAAGAAAGGGUGAUAAAGUGGCUACCUUUUGUAAAAGUAACCCUAUUAGUAUUCCAACAGAUAGCAAGCCAUUGGGAUACUGACAACAUUCAUUAUUUGUUGAGGGCAUUUUACCCUUUAUGGAUGGUUCUAUUUAGAAACCUUAGAGGAUGCACCUGCUUAAUAAAAAUGAGCAUUGUACAACAGGUUCAUCAGUAAAGCACUAAAUAGUGAAUGGUUGCCUACCUUGCCUGCAGACAUAAGUAGAGAGAUUCUUUCAUGAUCUGAAUUUUACUGAAUUAUGUUAUGCUUCCUCUCCAAAACAAAUAGUGAUUUUUUUAAUGUGUGUUGCAAGACGUUAGAAUGUAUCUAAGGAGCUAUACUACUGCUUAUUAUCCUCCAUAGUACCAAAGCGCUUCAGUAUAAAGUUCCUCCUGAUCUAUUUUUUCCCUCCUUCCACAGAGGCAGCUGGGGAAUUUUUAUUGGUUAACCUUUUUUGUUUCAGAAUCCUGUUCCCUGAAGUGUUCUCGAAAUGGGUUUCUUGACAAUUUCUGUACUCUGGGUGCUGAUUAGGCACUGGGGAUAUUCCUGAGAGAUGUUGCAGUGCCUGUUGAAGUCAAGAGGAUUGCAGGUGGUCAAGUUCUCUGCACCUCUGAGAAUGAGUCCUAGUGUGUUCUAUGUGCCCAAACCUGAGAACAGCCUGUGAACUUGAUUUUUUCAUCCUGGCACACAGAAAUACAAAUUGCACCCUCUUGCAGUAGCAGGAAGCAGUUGUGCACCGAGGGAGAUGCUAAAAAGAGGGCAGCUUCAGUUCUAUCCAUGGUCUGAGGCUGCCAGAAAAAGCACUUGAUCUGUGUGUUUCCUGGGUGCCUUCUCAGAAACUUCUUCCUGGCCAGCCCUGCCCAGUUACUAAGUUGUGUCAACUGGCUAGGUCUAGGUACCUCGCAGUGCUUGGGUUGUAGGUAGAUCGUGCUGCUGCAGUCUUUGUUCAUCCGCCAUCCAAGUGGACUUUCUGCCAUUGGAGCCCCUAUUUUGUUUCGACUAGCAGAACCCAGGGAGGGAAUUUACCCAGGUAUCACUAAUUUUAGGCCAAACAGAUUUAAUUUUUUUCUUUUUAAUAGAGUGGAAGUUUUCCAACUAAUAGACUUCUUAAAUCUCUCUUUUUCAGCAUCUCUGAAGCAAAUAACACAUAAGACACUAAUGCAUUUUGCAAUAAGUUUAAGAAAAGAACUCUCAGCUUUUGCUCUAAGUGGCUAAUACUUUAUCAUCUCCAAUGCACUCAGCAAUUAAAAUUUAAAAAUUUGCUCUGCUGACAUAAGAAACACAAAAAAGAAUCUGGAAAUUACUUAGUAAACUUGACUGUACUGCCACAAUUUACAAUAACCUCCACCAUGGAAUAACUUCCUAGCAAUAAUAAUUCUGGUAAUAUGAAUAUAAAGCAUAGCAGUCUCCUUUGGCGCAUGAGCUUAUGGCUGAUGUCCAAUAUUCAUAGUGUUAGCAAAGUCCUCAGCACUGUAAUUUUAAACAGUUUAAAGCUGUUUUCCUUCUAAAUAAUUGCUAAAUCCCAUAUGUUUAAAAACUUAUCUUUAUUACAUAAAAAACUGCGCUCUUUAACAUACAAUGUUUACUGUGGAAGCUGCAUGGGAAACAUAAUCAACUUUCAAAUUAGAGAUAGUAGCUUUUAAAUAAAAGUGAUAUUUCAGUAAUACAACUCCAAGGGCUUUCUACUUAUUUUUCAACACAAAUACAUUUUUACCACUACCAAGUGCUAAUCACUUAGUGGCCAUGUAUCCCACUCCAGAGAUAACUAUAAGCAUAAACCUUUUUUGUUUCACUUUUUUAAACUCCUAACAUUUCAUGUUGACAUUUGCAGUGCUUCCCAUAGACUUGGGAAGCUCUGAUCAACAGACUAUUGCUCCAUCUCUUCACACAAUGAUUCUUUAAACAUCCUCGCAGUGUUAAACUUCUAGCACUAGCCCAUCCAGAAUUUUCAACUUUCCCAUAGCUUAGUGAGAAAUUCCUGUUCUUCAUGUCAGGGGGUCAAAGAGAGAGGUUCAUAAUCCUCUUCUUUUUUGAAAAGCAGCAGUAACAAUACAGAUCCAAGCUUAUUGCCAUCAAGAGAGCAUAGUUAUGGCAAGCUUGCAAUAAGAUGCUACAAAAGGAGUCUCUUGGGGUGUAGGAGCAAAUACAUUGCUUUGUGCUUCUAGCAAAGGGAGGAGUUAAUAUGGAAAAUGGAAUAAUAGAUUCCAUGAAAGGGGUUAAUCAAUUAUAUGACAAUAAUUCAAUAGCCAAAAUGAAUUUUCCUAUGAAGCAGAACAAAGGCAAGCUAAUAAGAGGUGCCUAUGGCUUGCCAUAGUAGCUUGGACCUGUGGUCUAAAUCAGAUAUUCAGACCUUAGGAAUGGCCUGUGCCUGAUGCUUCAGAGGAAGGUGGACCCAUCUUUCCCCCCAUCUCCUGCAUUAAUGCCCUUCUAGUUUAAUAUCUGUGAUGAAUUGAUACAAUACCCACAAAAAAGCAGAGGGAAAAUAAAGACAUGAAAAUGCAAAACUGAACUUGGAGAAGUUCAGUUAUGAACUGGCCACAAUUUGCAGCCACUGCAUUCUACCAUCUUCUGUUGAAGUCAGUGGGAGAUGCUCAUAUGAUAUCUGAAUGAACUCCCAUUGAAGUCAAUUAUAUUCUUUCUGUGACUUUAAUUAGAUCAGGCCAUGCAUCAGCUGCAGAACCAGGCUCAAUGUCUAAUAAUUGAAGAAGCAUGGAGAAAUUAACUGCAAGUGCACAUUGUAGUUACCUUGUAACAAUGUACAUUCUGGUCACAACAUAUGAACAAAGGUAUUUUUAAAUGUUAAAGCAAUUCAUGUAACUUGCAGUCAUUUUUACCUGUGAAAUGUUAUGCAGCACUUUUUCCUAGUGUUUUUAGAACAAACUGUAUGUGCCACACUGCACAAACUCAAAACAAUCACAUCCAAUCAUUCUUUUAUUCCCCCUUCCCUUCUCUUCUCUUGGAUGCAACAUCCAUGAAGGUUCCACUGAUACAGAAAUUACAUGUACUUCCAGAGCAGCUAGGAAACGGUUCAGUAUUCAGUCUGGCCUUUAGCACAGUUGCCCAUUAUCAAUUUAAAGGAAAUGAGUCUAUCACAGGGGUCAAGUCUUAUCCACUUGCAGAUCCUCAUACAGAGAAAAGCUGUCAAACUAAAAUGAGUAUCUCUAAUGACUGCAGAGCUACAAGCAAUUUGGCAGAGAGCAGUAGAUUCAAUCAUUCUGUUCAGUGAUUUUCAUCUGUCAACAAAAUGGAAGGCUGGUGUUACUUGUUAAUUAAUUUGUGUUUGAACCCAUUUUCUGUAAUGAACUUCUUUGUGGGCAGCCAUUUUGAUUAUUAUAGUUUCACUUAUUUGUGGAGCCUUAUGCAGAAUGGACCAAAACUCUCUUUAAAAUGAAUUAUCUAGUCUAUUCUGGGCCAGAACCCAACCUUUUUGUGUAUAAAAUUUCUGCUGACUUCUUUGGAAGAUAUAUACAUAACAACACUUUAAAGUUUAAAAAAAAAAAAAGUGUUGUGGAAGUUUAUUCAUGCUUGGAAUACAUACACUUUUUUAAAAAUCUACAUUAAAAUUGGUAAUGGAGAUGUUCAUUUGCUGAUUUAUAUUUAAAAUGCAAAAAAUCUAUAAUCAACAUACUAUACAAAAGAAUUGGCGACCAAGGUUUCUAGCUAAAAAUACUGCCUUGUUAAGAGUAUCCUAUACGUAUCUGGAUUGGUUGAUGUUAAUUCGUUGUCUGAUACUGUUACAGUGAUUGUGAUAGUCUAUUUUAUUUUACAACAUGUGGCAAGAAAGAUUGUAAUAAAAAUGUCUACAUUAAUAUAUUGUGCAUAAAAAUUGUUAGCUCUUAGUUUUGAAUAUGUUGACCAUUUCAGAAUUAAACAAAACAGGAACAGUUCGGUAGUGUUCCUGAGUACGUGGAUUUGAUUAAGAUCUUAUUAGUAUCUGAUGUAAAGAUUGGAUGGAUAAGGGGAAAGCCCACAUUUGGACACCUAAAUUAUCCUUGUAUAAAACCACAGGAUUGGGGGCGGGAGGGGCAAUACUAGGCUUGUCUUCUGCGUAUUUCUUUGAAUAACUUUCAUAGCAGCAGAAAUUUGCUGGAAGGUUAAGGGUUAAAGCUCACUAAUGGAGAGGAGAUGGAGUUAGUGAUUUGAGGUUGCUAGACUGAUUUAUACACGAUGUUUAGCUCCAUAACUGCCUGUGAGAGACCUACAUGUUGCAAUGAAAAGUGACUCUGGCAUUCUGCAUCUCCGUUCCCAUAUAUGUGUUACUGAAAGCUUAGGGUGAGAGAGUAUUUUUCCCUCAUUGGGAAUCAGGGGCUCCAGAGCAAGAACCUCAUUUCAUUCCUUUGUCUGCUUUUUGAGCAGUGAAAUCGAAGGGAGUGCAGUGCCAGGUCAGGUCCCCUGGCCUGUAUCCACAUGGCAUAAUUUACACAUUCCAGCCAUUCUGUGAGUGGAAGAAGGCGGACAUCCAGUUUAGUGAGAAACAUGGGAGUUCCUCUAUUAAAGAAGUCACUUCUGCAAAAUGCCUGUGCCAUUCAGAGAGGCUGUUUUGAUCACUUAGCCAAAUGAAAUUGGUGCCCCCCAAUUAAAUGAAACAGUGGCUCCCCUAUACCCCUUCAAAAAGUUGUUAUAUGCGGGUAUAAAACUAACACAUAUUCCAGCUACUUGGAAACCAAAAUGUUUCUUGACUGAAGCUUAAACAUUAAACAAAUAACUUCUCUUAAAUCAGAUUGAAGCUUUUCAUUCUUGGAGUACCUUUCAAUGCCUAUUUAAGUCAAUGGAACAGAUUUAUUAAUUAAAUAUUUAGAGUAGAAUAUUUUAGAAAGAAAAAUGGCUUUUGCAAAUACCUUUCUCCUCUCCUCUUGGUAUUAACUAUUGACAAAUGAGACCCUUCAUUCGAGGACAGUUUUCUAUUCCAUAGCAUUCUGAAAUACAUUAUGCUAUGCACAGCAACUUAAACAUUCAAGUAUGCAAUAGUUGUUAAGCUUUGAAACUAGAAAGCUCUUACUUUUAAAUAUUUGGGUAAAUCAAUGAGUUUAUGCACAUUUAUAUUAGAAGAUUUAAGGUAAACAGGAUGCCCUGAUGCUUCAGAAACGUGAAACGUGUGUGCUUAUUUUACCAAAGAAGAGCCUUGAAUACAGAUCUCCUAGGGAAUCUGUUGUUUUUAAUAUAUGUUUUCUUCAGAAUGAGAUCCCAAGCUAGUUGCUCAUCAUUUAAAUUGAGUCAAAAAGAAACUAUCCAGGAGAGAAGAACCUAUAAGCAGUAUAGCAGCCCCACAACUUCCAUACAGUUAACCAGGAAACCAAUCCCAGGCCUCGAUAGUGACACCAAAACAAGAGUCUAUGAAUUGGCACUUGUUGCUCUAGCUACCAAGCUCACUCUGGCCUUUAUUCAGGAAAGCACUUACAUGCUUAACUUCAGUGAGUCUUUAAGUAAAUGGGACGUAAGCAUACGUGUACAGUUAAGCAUGUGUCUGAAAUACUUUCCUGAAUAAGGAUGCAUAUUCCUCAAUUGGUGCCUCCGGGACCAGCCGCAGAUCUUGAGGCAAAAAACCAUGAAUUUGUAGAGAAUAAGGUGGCACAUUUGAAGAAAAUACCAACAAUAUUUGAAGGCUGUGCCAUAUGUUAUCACUGAAAUUACUUGUGUAACUUACAUAUUGCCUUUGUUGUUGCAUUGCUAUUUAGAAAAAUCUGUGUUUAGAAGAAUGUAGCAUAUGUACUGUGUAUAUGUGUUAACGUUUUAGUUGCAGUGGCAGGAAAAUGCAGAAUUUGGGGGCUGGCAGUGCAGGCCUUCAGAAUGGGAGCAGCAAGUCUUAUGAAUUAUAUUUUUAUAGACAGCACUGUGGCUUCAGGUCCCAGUCACAUCAUAUCUGCCUCUUCCAAGAACGUAACAUUGUGAGGGAGGAGAGCAGAAAGUGGCUACGACAUGGUAGGGAUAGUACAACCCCACCAGCCCUGGACAGAUUACAAAUAAAUAAAAUAUGCCUUUAAAGUAAUAUUUUUUUAGUUCUAAAUUGUUAAACAGAGAAAUAUUUACAAGUAAACUUUCUAUGUACUUGACAUUUGUGUGGUGUUUCGUAUUGAAUAGAUGACUCUAUUGUAUGUUUGGAUCUCUUAAAGAUCAUCCUUGAGGCAUAUAAAAUAAGUAAAUUAAUUCUAUGCCAGACAAACAGAGUGCUAUGUAAUGGUAAUGGUUUUAAUUUCUGGUGAAAAUGUCGGCUUUGAUAGUGUUUGUGUAUAUUCUGGUUGGCUCUCUUGCAUUUUGUUCUUCCUACAGAAAGGCUUAUAUGCUUAACUGUGGAGGGGAGCAGUAGUACAGUAGAUAAAGGGUUAAAUAUUGCUGCCCUACCCACUGUAAUUUGUGUGUUGAUUUUUUUUAAACAUCUGUAGCCCCAAAUUUCAGUUUUGAGUUGCAUUAACAAUAAUGAUAAAUAAAGCUGGGGUACGUUAGAAACUUAUGGAUUUUGAAUUAAGCAUGUCUCUGAGGUGCUGAGGAGAUGAGUCAAGAGAAUCAAAGUUAACAUGACUAAACUAAAACUGAAUGUGAAGCUAACUGGCUUUGUUUAGCUGCCCAUGCUGAGUGGAGUGCAAAAAUAGACAAACAGUACGGAUGGAGAAAAGUGAAGGGGUUUUUUUUGGUCAGCAAGUUGUAGUAAUCUGAAGUGUAAUGAACAUUUUUUGAUAUGUGGCCUGACUUUAAGAAGAGCUGAGUUACCAGUAAAUCUCAUUCAGUUGGAGUUGUGGGUUUCCAGCACCUUUGAAGAUCAGACCAAUUAUUGCUUACCUUGAUGUACUUUUUUUAUGUUUAACUUUUAGGGUGGGGAAUAGGACAAAAGCAUAUCACUUCUAAGUAUCAAGAAACUGGUUUGGGGUUUUUUUACAUUUAUUUUUCAGAGCCUCCAUGCAAGGGCGAGGGGCUGCUUGCAUAGAUAAACUGGGUUAGGGUCCAAUGUUGGAUGCUGUAUCCAUGUCCCAGCCAUAUAUACAUACGGGUUGGAGAAAUUAUUUGACAAUAGUAAACAAUAAUGUCGUCUUUCCCUUCUCUUAUUUUUCUAAAGAAAGAGUCCAGUCUCCUAAAAACACUUAUAAAUUCCUCACUUUUUGCAAUAGCUGGGGAAGAACUUAUCAGCUGUUUUCUCUUGGGAGUUUUUUCGUAUCCAGGCCUGACAAAGUGCUACUCUGCUUUGUAGAGAUAGCAAAGAACUAAAAAACCUGAUGGAGCAUCUAAUCAUGUGACAUGGGAUAGAGGAGGGUAUGCUUUAUUCUGUGCUUUACUGUGCACAUACCCGACUCCCACGGAAUCUGUGGGCACAAUUUAUGUGUGAUGAGUCUUGAGGAAAGCAUAGAGCCCCUGAGGGAUGGCAGUAUCAAAAUGCACUUACUUCUCUAUCUGCAUUGCCCUUCAGGAGGAAAUGCAGCAGUUCUUGGAAGCUAGCAAGGAGUAUAGGUACAUGGCUAUGCUUGUCACUUAGUGACAACAUCCUUUAAGGCAGGGAGUGCCAAGUUUGUUUGGUUUAAUUUUCAAAUACAGCCCCCAGGGCCUGAUUAAGCACAUCAUGCAUUUGAUAUUAAAGCACAUAAUGUGCUUUGCUGUAUUGGGGCCCUCAUGGGUCACUUGCUGUCUUUCUAGCCAUAUGAGACUUCUAACGGUGACAUAGUCUUCAUGGGUCCUUAGAUUCACAUGGGGAAAUAAAUGGAAGGUGCUUGCAUACAGCAAUCAUUUGCACCUCUUUGUGUAUAUUUCUGAAGUGAAAUCAAUAAUACAAUUGGGGCAGGAUUUUGCCCAGCUUUCCGAAGAGCAACAAAAACUUUUAGGCCCUGAUCCUGCAAAUAAUCAUGCGCAUGUUCAACCUUUUAACAUGCACAAGCAGGUCCUAUUGAUGCCAAUGGGGCUAUCCACAUGCAUUAAAAGUUAAGAAUGCAUUUGCAAGAUGUAAUAUAUUAAAUUAUAUUCCUUAACUUUUACAAUAGUAAGUAUGAGGCCAAUAGAACACUCUAAGAUACAAUUAGCAUCAUCUGCUCUUCCACACCCAAACGCUAUCUCAUUUUGAAAGAAUAGAUACUCUUGAUAUUGAACUGCCAACUGGUGUGGUGGGCCCCACUUAUGUCAUUAAGAACUUUGGUAUUUAAACACUAACUACUUCAAACAAAUAUUGAAAUCUCAGUGCUCUCAAGUGAAUUCAGUUUGAUUGUUUCAACCGAGUACCUCUCUCCCAUUGCAAAACCACUAUACAGUUGCACAAUUUGUAGUACAAAGAAAAGGAGUACUUGUGGCACCUUAGAGACUAACAAAUUUAUUUGAGCAUAAGCUUUCAUGAGCUACAGCUCACUUCAUCGGAUGCAGUGAGCUGUAGCUCAUGAAAGCUUAUGCUCAAAUAAAUUUGUUAGUCUCUAAGGUGCCACAAGUCAUCCUCUUCUUUUUGUGAAUACAGACUAACAUGGCUGCUGCUCUGAAAUUUGUAGUACAGUGAUUGUUGUUGUCAUCGGAAGAUCCACUAGAACUGGAUACAGGUUGCCUUUUACAACUACAGUUAUGUGGGUAAAGUAAUUGAAGUAGCUUUCACAGUGCCUGUUUUCAUAGUACUUGUACAUUGUCAGUGUUAUCCAGGUCUGACAAGAAUUGUUUAAAAAUUAGACGGUUUAUGUAGAACAAAUUAUCUUAGUUCUUGCAGCAAACCUGCCACACUAUCCGAACUCAUAGUUUUUGCACAAGAAAAAUUUAAGGCACCCAAUAAACCCUGCUGUUCACUGUAGAAAACACUGGAUUUGAAUUGUUCUGCACUUUUCAGCAUCUAAUGGGUUACUUUUUUUAAGUCUCCCAGUCUAAGUGGCAUUAAUGUAUAUUUUUGUUGUUUAUUUACAGAUUUAAAAAAAAACUUUUUGAACCAAAAUAAUACUAGUAUCCCUAUGAGGAAGGGUGUUCCAGAAGACAUAGUUUCAGGCAGUAUAAUAUUAGUUGUCAUUGUGAGCUGUCAGCCUAAUACUACUUUGUCUGAAGAGCCUAUUAAUAAAUGAUCCAUUGUAAAAGAGCACUUGUAGAUGUAUAUACAUCAUAGUCUAGCAGAGCCCUUAAGUAUGAGCUUAACUUUAAGCAUGUGAGUCGUUCCAUUGACUUCAGUGAUACUACUCAUGAGCUUAAAGUUAAGCAUGUGCUUAAGCACUGUGUUAGAUUGAAGCCUUUGUUCAAGUGGCUCCAUGAGAAUUGAUAUUUAUACAAGAAAUGUUCAAUACUGAUUGAACUAUAUUUUCUUCUGACUUAUUAGUAUAUUGGAAAACUGUAGUAUGGUUUGUCAUUAGAGGAGAGAGAUGAUGUGAUAGAAGGGUUUAAGUUCUGGAUAUUCUAAUGCCAUUGAAUCGUGACCUUAUAAUUUGCUGUGGGCGCCAUUUUAAAUGUAGCCUUUUUAUGUGACUUUCACUUUGGAAAAUGAAGAAACAUUAUUUCCUAAAUGCCAUUUUACUGUGCUUUUCACUUAUUCAGUCACUGGAGAAAAGGGAGUUUGGAACUGUUUUCCAUUGGUGUUUUCUCCAGGCUGUUGAUUUCUGAAUUAAGUAAGAAAAGGAGAACUGAAAUUUGGCACUACUUAAAAUAUAUAAAAUGAACCUUAAAUAUUGACCCAGUUGGUGAUUUUUUUUUUCUUCUUAACAAAAGUUGGUAGCAUCUGGAAGAGGCCAAUGUGUAGGACUUUUGUUUGAAGCACAUUUAGUCCUGCUGUACUGUUGACCCAUGUAAAUGAACAGGGCAGAGGCCACCAGAAUCUGUUAUCAAAUAGAGUAAUGCUGUAAUACAGAGUGUACGUUUUUGUGAAAGUCUUAACCUCUUCUUAUGAAGAUUAAACACAAAUCAUUAUUUUCAUGGUGUAUAUGUGAAAUGUAAUUUUUUUUCAAUAAAAUGUUUCUUUUGCUAAA